CGCCAGGGCUACGAUAAAUGACAUCGGCUCAAGUGAUGAAUCAUUACAGUCGCAGUCGUUGAAACCCGCAGAUGGAGGAUUAGCUGCUUGGACUGUUCUGAUCUCAGGCUUCGUUUUUGAAGCCAUGUUCUGGGGUUUCCCUAUGGCUUUUGGUGUCUUUCAGAGUCACUACUCCCAGCUACCUGAGUUCGGCAAUGACAAAUCCAGGAUUGCCACCAUUGGCACCCUUGCACAGAGUCUGUACUAUCUGGGAGCCCCGUUCUCUGCUCUGGCAACCAAACGCGGCCUCAUUGCGACACAGGGUUUUCUCUACGGAUUGGGCUUUGUAACACUGACGUACCCUAUCGUUGGUAUGCUCAACGAUUGGUGGGUGGUGAGGAAGGGUAUGGCCUUUGGCUUGAUUUCUGCAUCAUCUGGAGCGACUGGCGCAGCUGUGCCUUUCAUCAUCGAAGAUCUUUUGCACAAAUAUGGCUAUCGUAUAACACUGAGGGCUUGUGCUGUAGCGAUGGUUAUUCUGACUGGACCAUUGCUACCUCUUUUGAAGGAUCGUCUGCCGCCUUCUGAGAUCGCCAGUCUGACAAGAACGGACUGGACUUUCAUCAAGAAGCCACUAUUUUGGAUGUACAGCUGCUCCGUCGUUGUACAGGGCUUAGGAUUCUUCUAUCCUACAGUCUUCCUCCCCUCAUAUGCAUACGCAGUUGGUCUCUCGUCUUUCGAUGGUGCAGUCCUCCUUGCCAUCAUGGCCAUUGCUCAACUGGUGGGACAAGGUGUAUUCGGCUACCUCUCCGACAAGUACGUCCCGGUCAGCAUACUUUCCUCAACAGCCUGUUUUGUGGCGGGAAUAGCAUCGUUGACUUUGUGGGGUCUCGGCAAGUCCAAAGCCAUGCUGAUCCUCUUCGCCAUCAUCUACGGCUUCUGCGGGUUCGGUUUUGGUACAUUGCGUGUCGCGAUGGGUCGGGCGGUAACAGACAACUCAUCCUCUCUUUUGGCCACGUAUGCCAUCUUUGUAUUCUUGCAAGGCGUGGGAAAUAUUCUGGUAGGGCCGAUAAGUGCGGCCUUAAUGACUUCAAGUGUUGUGCGCGAGGAUUUUGCCGCUAGUCAAUAUGCUGGGAUGGUCAUCCUUACAGGCCUAUCAUCACUAGUCGCGGGUGUGACUAUAGUUUUGUGGCAUUGUGGUAUGUUCUUAGUGCCAAAGUCAAUGGUUUCUGGGCUUAGUGGAAGAUGA